UUCCUACGGAUAAAAAAUUUUACAUUUCCCUUUUCAUUCCCCAUCUCCAUAAGCAACUCAGUCCAAGAUAACCCACUUCUUCCUCGUCGCCAGCUCCUCCUUCGUAUUGCUCACGCCAAAGCCCAUUCUCACAGGAUGGACGCCACAUUUGAUGAAGAUCUCUUCUUCACCACCCUAUUGGAAAGUGGUGAACAAGGUAUCUCCAACACUCUAAUGGGUAGCAAUAAUGAUAAUGUUGUACUCCAACCAACACGACUGGAAGGUGAAAAAAGGCCACCUAGUAAGAAAUCUGCACGAGAUGUGUCUUUCACCGUAGAGGAGGACAACCUCCUCGUGUCGGGUUGGCUCAACGUUAACAUUGAUUCUAUUCGAGGAACUGACUAAAAAUCUACACAAAUGUGGGAUAGAAUAUUGGAUUAUUACAAUGAGUAUAAGAAAUCUAGCAAUCCAGAACGUUCUGUUGUGUCACUGACCAAUCGAUGGUCGGUGAUCAAAAAAUGUACAAAUAAGUUUUGUGCUGCUAUAGCCCAAGUAGAAUCAUUGCAUUCAAGUGGUGCAACGGAGCAAGACAAGAUUGAAAAGGCCAAAAUCAUGUAUAGAGAGAUUGAGAAAUCCAGCUACACCAUGGAACACUGUUGGUGUCUAUUGAGACACCAACCAAAAUGGCAGCAACAUGUGUCAAUGUUGUCAACAAGAAGGAAACUACCUGGGAAACGUUUAGCUAUUGCAGACUCGACUCCAGUAGGAGACAACACAGUAGGUGAGAACGUUGAGGUCAUUAUUGAGAGACCUCCAGGCAAGAAGACUGAGAAAAAAAGGGAGAGAAUGAGGAGGGCUACGGAAGCUUCAGACUCUGAAUUUCAUGCCUCCUUAACUCAGAUACACGAGGAUAGAGUCAUGUUCAUGCGGGAGAGAAGGCAAGAGGCCAUCAAAGCGAACUCUGAUAGGUCUGAAUUAGUAUCUGAAAAGAAGAGGAAGACCGAUAUGAAGAUAAUAAAAUUGGAUCUUGCUGGUAUGAAUGCAAUGCAGCGAGAGUAUUUCCAAAAUCUUCAAAAGGAAAUUUUUGAGGAAUCUAAGAGGCGGUUUUCGUCUACAUCUACAUCUCCAUCUCCAUCUCAACCUUUCAGAGGUUGUUGUAUGUGGUCAGCAACUAUGAGCUGCUGUUAUGUGCGUGCUGCAUCUUCUUAAGCUGAUGUUAUGUGUGGGCAGCAAUAGUGGUCAGCAACUAUAAGCUGACUAGUGCUUCUU